AUGAGUUCAAGCGGACAAAAUGGUGGCCCGCUCGAGACACUUGAAGAGGAGGCAACAGCUUUGAGUAAAAUGGGAUCGCCAAGAGCCAUUGGCUCACACCAACACCAACCACAACAGCAACCGCAACAACAGGGACCAAAAUCGCGGAGUAAGAAAACGGUGUAUCCAGAACCUUCAUUCGCGAUGGGUAGUGGUAACGGUGCUGUAAAUAGCAAGACUAUUGGAUUGGGUAUAUCUCGAAGGCCUAGUGAUAAUGUGUUGAUGAGUUUGGCUCAAGAACAGCAGGAACAACAGGAACAGCAACAACAACAACAACAAAAACAAAAACAAAAACAACAACAGCAGCAGCAACAACAACAAGCAAUGUCUCCACCACCGUCACGCAAAAAACUGAUUUCAAACCACGAACGCCCGUUGUCAAAUGACUCUAUUGUAACGCAGAACUCGAAUUUAUUCUCUUCUAAUGCAAGCUCUACAGCUUGGUCAUCUAACGAUAGCUCCAGAGGGUCCUCCAUUAUUGGCGAACUUUCGGUCGAAAACGUCAAACGGAUCAGCGAAGAAGUGUCCUUCACAGAAACCGAUGGGGAGUCCACCAUCGACCUGACUUCAACUGGAGGCUCCGAAUAUUCAGCAUCCACCCAGCAAAAUCUCCCACAAACUCGCCAGUCACAAGCUCAAAACCAAACGCCACCGAAGAAUAGGUAUGUCUUUACCAAUGCCUCUAUGGCUCGAACUCAGGCUUCUUUCUCUUCUAGCCAUCCAUCUCCUCUAAAAAACGACUUCAGCCGAAAUUCCGUUCCCAAUAAGCUGUAUUCGAAAUCCACAUCUGCUUUGGCCCAACAUCAGCAAAAGUCCACACACGGCAAUCAACAGUCGGCUUUGACACCAUCGCAGAGAUAUCGUCUGCGCAAGGAGCAAAACAAAACAGCGUUGCAGAAUUCCAUCAAACAAAAGGAGAAAUAUUAUGACGAGCAAGAAACUUUACCUUCAAGUCCUUAUGCAAACGACACAGAUGUUGGUGCUGAUUUCAUUUGGAAUAUUCCCGUUGCAUCCAAUAGUACCAAUUCCUUUUUGAUGUCAUUGCCACAUCCGCCUAUGAAGAAGGGUCGUUCCAAACGUUCGCUGGGGUUCUCUCGUUCAUCAUCGCAAACCUCAGGACUUUCUGACUCAUCUGGACAGUAUCUUGAUUACAACGAAAUGCCACCACUACCGAUUCAAGGACUCGACGAUAGAUCAGACUUCCAAGGCUUUCAGCAAACGUCCGAAGCUCUUUCAUCCAUUUAUCAACAUUCUUCCAAUAAACUGAUGCAAAGUAGACUUUGGGAGCGCACAAACUCAAUGGAAACACUUCCGAUGCAGUUUAAAGUGGCAAGUGACGAAGGGAUGGAGGAUCUCCAGCUGGUUUCUGAAGACAAAGUACAACUCUGUAGUCCAUCUCGGCCGACAUGGUUGCCUCCAAAAGGUGAAGUGGAGCGUAGGAGUCAUGAAGAAAAAAUUAACAAGACAAUGAGUAUGGCUUCUCUUGACCAAUUGGACCGAAGUCGUGGACGCGAGGAAGCGCUUAUACGUGAUGAAACCAAUCGACAGAAAACUAUUCUUCUCAUCGACCGGGGACUCACGAGACAAUCGUCGUUGUAUGACCUGAAAAAAAUAAUAUGGGAGACGCCGUUAUCGUCCGACACUCGUGCGGAGGUUUAUAACGUAUUACUCCAGAGCGAAGAACGGAUGAUCAGCGAGCUGUAUAUUGAACCGUUCGACAAGGUUUUAGAUAUCGUGCAACACAUGCAUUUUCCAAGAGGCAAGCAACUUGAGAUAGAAAAACUGCUUGAUACAAUACCAGCACCUGGACGCUUACCGCGUUUUGAAGAAGUUGUUCUUCUCUUGAAGAUGAAGUCCAUUUCAAGCCGGGGCCUACUCCCGGGCGAUCAAUUACUAUUCUUUCACCUGCUGCAUGAAAACGCGGGGCUCGAUCUGAAGAAAGUUUGGGAACUAGUCAAUUUAAUACAAAUGACUUGUUUCAACGACGUUACCACCUCAAAGCUGGACGUACGUACCGUGAGCACUCGUGGUGUCAUUGCCAGCUACAUCGCGAAUAGUGCGGACUUUAAAAACGAGUUCAACUCCGAGUGCCUCAACAUUACAACUUGGUGGAAUAUUUUGCUGCGUAUGGAACAUGACUUAUUUAUGUGGUGCUUGGAUAUCAUUAUUGUUCACAACAGUCAAUGUUAUAAAAAUCGACCUGUGGUGCGACAAAAAGUUGCAGACAAGACUUGGGAUGUUUACAAAGCUCAACACGUUGUUGUGAAUUACAAAAUUCUCGCAUCUCUUAUGCUGAACGUGCUUCUGAACUACCAUUUUGGAUUUAAUGACCUGCGGUCGCUAGGUGAGAUGACAGACAAGGAAUACCGGAUCCCAUCCAUCGCACAGGAAUCGAUUGAUAGUGGACUGGAUUACGAGAUGUUCAUUAAAAAGUGGCGUCAUUACAACAAGAAAUUUUAG